AUGGCCCUUUUGCGACUCGGCACCCUUCUGGUGCUCGCCAGUUUCGUGCCGCUGGAGCAAGGAUUCUACGUGCCCGGAGUGGCUCCGGUCGAUUUCAAAGUCGGCGAUGUCAUCGAUGUCAAAGUGACUUUUUUUUUAAAUCAGCAUCUUCUAAUCAAAAUCAAUUUUUUCAGGCGAUAAAAUUGACGAGCUCCAACAAUAUAAUGCCUUUCGAGUACUACUCGGUGCCGUUCUGCAAACCGUCGAACGGCGACAUUCAGUACAAAUCGGAGAAUCUGGGAGAAGUGAUGCGCGGCGACCGAAUCGUCAACACUCCCUACGUGUUCAACAUGCGAAAGGACGAGCAGUGCCUGAAUUUGUGCGAGAAUAAACUUUCGAAAGACGACGUCGCACUUUUCAAGGAGCGAAUUCGACAGGAAUACUCGGCCCAUUUGUACGCAUUUGUACCAAUUUGUACGCGUUAAUUCAUAAAUUUGCAGAAUCGUGGACAAUCUGCCAGUGGCGACGGUAAUCUCGCCGGUGAAAUCGGAAGACGUCUAUUAUGACCUCGGAUAUCGGCUCGGAUGGACGGACGACAACGGAAAGGUCUAUCUGAACAACCACCUGCAGUUCGUCGUCAAAUACCAUCAACACACCCCCGGAUUGUACAGGUCCGUUUCUCUUAUUUGCAAACAUUUUGCAUUUUGCAUUUUUUCUGUAAUUAGAGCCAUGAACUUCUCAACAUACAUAGUAAUUUUCCGAAUUAGACGCAUUUUUUUAGCACUUUCAAGAAGUUUUCGAUAUUUCAGAGUGGUCGGUUUCGAAGUACGGCCCCGCUCAAUCAACGUCUCUAAAAAGGACCAAACGAAGUGCUCUCUGCCGGAAGACGGCGCGAAACACGUGGAACUGGGCGAUUCGGAGCAGUCGAUCGACUUCUCCUACUCGGUUUCGUUCGAAGAGAGCGCCGUGCCGUGGGCCUCUCGCUGGGACGUCUACCUGGCGACGAAGGCCACCGACAUCCACUGGUUCUCGAUCCUCAACUCGCUCGUCGUCGUCCUCUCGCUCUCCGGCUUCCUCAGUGUGACGAUCGUGCGGACUGUUCGUCGCGACAUUGCCCAGUACAAUCGGGACGACGAGGAGGACGAGACGCUCGAGGAGACGGGCUGGAAACUCGUGCACGGGGACGUGUUCCGACCGCCCCCGCACCAGAUGAUCCUUGUGAACAUGGUCGGAACCGGUAUCCAACUGCUCGGAAUGUCCGCUAUAGUUGUUGGUUAGUAAAUCGGAUGGACUUGCAAUCCACUGGCUUCGUUCGAAGUGUCUACCUUGAAAGUUUCAGCGCGAUUGUAGAUGUUUCAGUUUGAAAAUCUCUGGUUUUCAAGAAAAAUAGGGCUUUAGACUUCCAAUCGAUAUAUUUGCGCUGAAACUUUUGAGGUACGAUACUCUAGACGAAGGCUGAUGAUUGUUCAAAGUCAGUAUUCGAUCCGAUGACUGCAUGCGCCAAAUCCUUAAUAAAUUGUCCCGUUUUCAGUGUGCGCGAUGCUGGGAAUGCUCUCUCCGGCGUCCCGCGGAUCGUUAAUGUCUGCGGCCGUGUUCCUGUUCUGUUUCAUGGGCCUCAUCUCGGGAUACCACGCGGGACGGCUCUACAAAACGAUGAAGGGCCGCAAUCCGAUCCGGUGCGCGAUCCAGACGGCCACGCUCUUCCCGUCGCUGAUCCUCGGCGCCGGCUUCCUCCUCAACUUCUUCCUCAUCGGAAAGCACUCUUCGGGGGCGGUGCCGUUCGGAACGAUGAUCGCGCUGCUCGUGAUGUGGUUCUGCAUCGACAUGCCCCUUAUCUUCCUCGGAUUCUACUUUGGAUACCGUAAACAGCCGUACACGCACCCGGUCCGAACCAACCAGAUCCCCCGCCAAGUGCCCGAACAGCCGUGGUACCUGCGACUCGUUCCCAGCUCGCUCAUCGCCGGCGUCCUUCCGUUCGGAGCCAUGUUCAUCGAGCUCUUCUUUAUUUUCAACGCUAUCUGGGAGAAUCAAUUCUAUUAUCUGUUCGGAUUCCUCUUCAUCGUCUCCAUCAUUUUGGCCAUUUCGACGGCGCAAAUCUCAGUCGUCGCCACGUAUUUCUCGCUUUGCGCGGAGAACUACAGAUGGUGGUGGCGGUCGUUCGUCAUUUCCGGCGGAUCCGCAUUCUAUGGUCGGUUUUCAUUGUGCAUUCACAUGAAACGUACGCAUCUUUUGCAGUGAUGGCCUACGCAGUGUUCUACUACAACACGAAGUUGACGAUUGAGGGAUUCGUGCCGACUGUGCUCUAUUUUGGAUACUCGUGAGUUUAUUUUUGCAUUUUUUCGCAUCAAUUUACAAGUGUCUGUGGAAGAAUGCACCCAAAUGUCAUGACUGAUCCAAAAUUUCAGAUCGCUGAUCGCACUGACAUUCUUUUUCAUGACGGGAACGAUCGGAUUCUACGCAUCGCACUUCUUCCUGACCAAGAUUUACGCGGCCGUCAAAAUCGAUUAA